AGCACUUCUAUUGAUCUCAGUAUUUAUUUUCUCGUUAACAGCGGCUUGGUGUCAGCACUACUUACUAGUGUGACUUGUCUGCUUCUCUACUUAUUGUGCUGUUGUGCAAAAGCGAAAAUCUGAUCAUGCCCGCUUCUUGCAAUGCUUGUGUUGUGCAAUCAUAGUAGAUGAGCAGUUCCUUUCAUACAAUGCCUUUGAUAUCUCGUUUCUAGUCUACAUUGUUUUGUUGAGAGUUGUGUCCUCGUUCAGUACUACUGAAAUACAUUUAGAUACAUACGACAUACUAGACCACAGCGUUUCCAAAAAAUUCACAGCUCUGCCACGUUUUUUUGAUCCAGCCGCGACACCGCAGGAGCGAGUCCGUAGUCCGUAAUCUUCAACAGAAAAAAUUCCUACAACUCCUCAUCCGUUCCUGAAGCGACACCAGUACUAUGUCAGCAACAAAAUCCGAGCAGCGCGACUGGCGUCCGCUGUGUAUCGUCAGCGUGGUGCACUGCACUACCACAUGUGAAACCUACCCGUACAACGUGUCCUACGAGGUAUUUAGCCACGUUGUGACCUGCUGUACCAAUGUCAAAGUCCAGGAGAGGAGGAGACCAACAACAAAUUGUAGCGACGCUGGAACAAACGACCCAAGAAACUCCACAAAUAUUCGCGAUGAUCCCAGCACCCAGUACGACAUUAAAGAGCAAACGGUGUUUCUCUGCUACGAGCUGGCCGGUCGUAUCCCCAUCGGAAAGACCACCUACGCCGAGCUGUACGCCUGUCUGCAAAAGAUCGCUCCCGCGAUGUGCUUCACGACCCGACAGGCUGCGGGCAUCUGGAUCGCGAAGCAGCAAGAGAAACUGCCCUCGGAGCUGACCGGGCGGGAAAUUCGGUUGCUAGACUUGGUGCAGGAGAAGGCGGUGUUCGUUUUCAAGUGCGAUUCAGAAAAAGUGUCAGCGCAGCGGGGAGGUAAGAAAACGGUCACCGAGCUCGGGAAUGCCGGGGAGGAUGUUUUGGAAUAUUUGGAGAUGGUGGAAGCAUCCGUGAGUCUGUAAACAGUUAUUGAAUAAUAUUAAAGCGAACAAGAACCAUACCGAUACCCAUGGUUACACCAUUUGAAUCCGUCUACAUGAUUUUUCCCGUUUUAUAUCACAGCGAUUGAGAUUUUUUAUUUGGCGACUAACUGCACUAAGCGAGAAUGUAUGAGAAAUUAUGUUCAUGUCGAACACGUCGAAAACGAAAACUGCAUAAACUUGAGCUUCAACUUCAAAUCUGGAAGCCGAAGCGAUAAUAAGUACCCCUACGAUAUUAACGAUGCAAAAUCCCAAUCACGAUUUUUCACGAAAGACUAUUUUGGUGCCUAGGUUUCUGUUGGUGGAUCUGGAUCAUGUGACUGAGCAUUGAGUGCUUUCAUACCGGUUCUGAAGGUUUUGAUUUUUCACUAUGGAAG